CAUUGCUUAGUGAUUAAUUUGCAGUUCCUGUCAGCGUCUUCUUCCUCUUCAUUGCUUCGCUUCACCUCCCAAUUUCAUAGAAGCUUGCCAUAGCUGAAGCUGUAAAGCUCGCCAUAGGUAAACUUGUCAUCCUUCUUCGUUUGAACAUCAGACGGAGAUCCACACCGCCUUCUCUCUGCGCUUCGAGCGUUCAGAUUAACCUCAGACACUUAUUAAUGGCUGCUAAGAUCGGCCAGUUCUUCAACUCCGUUGGCAGCUUCUUCAAGGGCGACGAUCGAAUCCCUUGGUGCGACCCCGACAUUAUCCUCGGCUGUGAGAGAGAUGUGGCUGAAGCUGCAAAUGGUGGUUCAGAUGAACUCAAAAGCGAGAGUAUCAUGAGGUUAUCAUGGGCUCUUGUUCAUUCUAGAAGAGAAGAAGAUGUGCAACGUGGAAUUGCUAUGCUUGAAGCUUCAUUAACAAAUUCAAGCACCACUUUACAACAGAGAGAGAAGCUUUAUCUUCUGGCCGUUGGUUAUUACAGAAGUGGUGAAUAUUCCAAAAGCUGGCAGCUUGUGCAGCGAUGUUUGGAGAUUGCCCCUGAUUGGAGGCAGGCUUUGACCCUCAAGAAGGCAGUUGAAGGUAAAGUUACCAAAGAUGGUGUCAUUGGAAUCGGGAUUGCUGCUACCGCAGUAGGACUUGUGGCUGGCGGUAUUGCUGCAGCUUUAGCUCGCAAGAAGUGAUGCAGACUUUAACAAGAACUCGACAUCAUAGUACCUGUAUGACUGGAUGCAUAAUAUACUUCAAUCUCGCUGUUGGUGAUUUUGAUUGUCACAAGAAUUCUGGAAAGCCAUUAGAAUCCAUCUUUCUUAGCUCGAAUCACAUUGUGGGGUGUCGGAUAACCUAAUAGUAUGUACCUAUUACUAAGUGGCCAUCGAAAAUGAGAUGAUGAUUGCAUGUAUGAUAUCUAUCAACAUUUGAAGAUUUAGCUUGUAGCUUGAAUGUACUUCCAUGGCCUCGUCCCAUUUUGCAAUAAUGCUCAUUAUAAGUAAUAAAGUACUUGUUUGACACAA